UGAAAAAAAACCGGUGCGCAUUCGAUUUGAAUACAAUUAAACCCAGCGCCCGUCUACUCGGGACAAAUUUUAUUUACUUGUUUGAUGAGAACGUGCGUGGAACAGGUACCCGAAAUCGUCGUUCAUUCGAAUAUUGUAAACGCGAGUGGAAUUUCAGUACAGUGAAUGAUUUAUAAUCAAACGUAAUUGAAUUAUUUCAUUAAUGAACGUAACACAUCGUACUCUGGUGUUGGAUGUUGUUCGAACUAGUGUCGCUUAUACAUUGCGUAACUAUUACCGGUCAACACGCGGGAGAAAAUAUACAUAUAUUUUGAUAACAGUGAAUGCACGAUAACAAGAAGCGUGACUGAAAGUUCCACGCGCUGCUUUCCACAGAUUGCUUACGAUCUCUUGUUUUGUUCGGUAAUUACCUUAUUUCUCGAUCAAGAAAAUCGUGCUUCGAUCGGUAAAAACUCUUCGGGGAUGUCUCUAACGUGGCGAUUUAUAGCCCUGACCUAUCUGGGUAGGAAUGUACGCGAUCAAAAAUGUCGAUUCUUCUCUGUAAGCUGCUUUCGAUGCGGAACCGUCGUCCCCUUCAGACUAACGGAUAUCGGAGAAGGAAUUCGAGACGUCACGAUAAAAGGAUGGUACGUGAAACCAGGCGACCGGGUGUCUCAAUUCGAUAACAUUUGCGAGGUCCAAAGCGACAAAGCAUCUGUGACGAUUACUAGCCGUUACGACGGAUUAGUUAAAGCCUUGCACUACAAGGUGGACGAUGUAGCUCUGAUAGGGAACGCGCUACUGGACAUCGAACUAGAUGGUGACAAUGAUGGAGGUACGAUAAUCGAGAACAAAGAGAACGUCAAAGAUGAGGAGGAAAAACAAAUUGGGUUAGAAAAAGUGCUGACCACCCCGGCAGUCAGAAGGAUAGCCAUGGAGAACGAUAUUAAGUUAAAGGACGUCGUUUCCACCGGCAAAAAUGGAAGAGUGCUUAAGGAGGAUAUAUUGGCUCACUUGGAAAAAAUUUCUGUUGGUUCCGAGAAAAAAAGGGCGGAGGAAAAACCAAUAGCCGAGAAGGUGAUGCCGAUAAAAGGCUACACCAAGCAUAUGUGGAAAACGAUGACGCAAUCUCUGAGUAUACCAGACUUUAUGUACAGCGACGAGUGCAAUGUUAAUAAAUUGAUGAAUUACCGUAACGAAGCGAAGGAUUUCCUGAAACAGCAGGGUAUCUCUUUAAGCUUGAUGCCGUUCUUCAUCAAAGCAGCCUCGAAAGCGUUGGAAAAGAUACCGCAACUGAACGCAUGGGUCGACGAGGAAAAUGAAACCCUACGAGUUUUGGAUAGUCAUAAUAUUGGCAUUGCUAUGGAUACACCCGAGGGUUUAAUAGUACCGAAUAUAAAAAAUGUUGAAAACCUGAGCAUCGUGGAAAUCGCAAAAGAGCUGAAUAGACUUCAACAACUUGGCAGGAAUGCUUCGAUACCGUUGAAAGAUUUGUCGCAGGCAACGUUCACCUUGUCGAACAUUGGCGUUAUUGGUGGUACGUACACGGUGCCAAUAAUACUAUCUCCACAAAUUGUAAUUGGUGGAUUGGGUAAAGUACGAACAUUACCUCGAUUCGACGAUAAAGGGAACGUGGUAGCUGCGAAUAUAAUAACGAUUAGUUGGGUCGCCGAUCAUCGAGUUGUAGAUGGCGUCACUAUAGCGAAGUAUUCAAAUUGGUGGAAGCACUAUGUCGAAAAUCCCACAUUCCUGUUAAUAGGCGCAUAAAUUCAUUGAUUUUUAUUUUAGAAAUGUAUUUUUCCAUUAAUAAUAUACUUAUAUGAAAUGUUAGUAACUACCGAACUCCCUCAUAAUAGAUUUCAGUUUCGAAGGCUUCAACAUGUAGAACGCAAUAAAAGUGUGAAAACAUUUUAUACGUAAA